AUGAAGUUGACUGUCACCUUCUUAAGCACCUUGGCUGCCACCGUGGUCACGACCGCCAUUGCUCGCCCCUAUGUUGCUGAACCCAUCGUAGACGGUGCCAACUUUGGGGUCUUUGCGCGUCAGGAGGCCGUCGCCUCCAACGAAACCUUCGUCCCUCCUACUAUCACGAGCCCAGCCUCUCGUUCCCUGCAGCCUGAUUUUCCCAUUCACGAGUCGUGCAACAAGUCGCAACGUAUGCAGCUGGAGCGCGGUCUGUUCGACCUGAAGAGGUUGUUGCGAGGCGCUGCGGACCACAUUCUGCUGCACGGCAACCAGUCGGAAGUGUAUCAAACCUACUUCGGAGAAGGUUCUGAUCCUAGCGUACCUCUUGGGAUCUACCUGCGAGUUCUCGAGUCGGACAAGAGUGCCACUCUUUUCCGCUGCGAUGACCCGGAUCGCAACUGCGAGACGCAGCCAACUUACAAUGGUCAUUGGCGCGGAAACAACGCCACCGGAGAGACGGUCAUUUGCCCUCUCUCUUUCCAGACUCGCUUGCCCAUCGAGAAGGCUUGCGCAAAUGGCUUUUCGCUGAUUCACGACAAUGUUAAUGUGUACUGGGCCACCGAUCUGCUGCACCGCGCCAUGCACCUGCCAACGAUGACCAACGACCACGUCGGCCACACGGCAGACGAGUAUCCGGCCCUUCUAGAAUUGGCCAGGAACAACGUGACGGAGAGCGUCAAGAACCAGCAUUCGCUGCAAGACUUUGCGUUUGAAGCGUUUGUGCGCGCCAACAUCGACGAGCAGGGUUGCCCUGCGGAUAGGCAUCACGAGGACCACGACCACGAGCACGAACAUGACGAUCACGAUCACGAUCACGAUCACGACGCCUCUCCCACAAGCACGAUUUCAGCGACGAGCACCUCAGCCAGCGCCACAGCUGCAGCACAGGACUGCCACACUCACGCUGACGGCACUGUCCACUGUGUUUGA